AUGAAUGACGAUGACUCUCAUGAGAAUGAGAAAAAAGAUGAUUCAAACCAAAACUAAUCAAGCUCAAUAUUCAGUGUGGCAAACAGCUUUGUCUAGCAUAAGAAUGGCAAGGCUGCAAGAUAACUAUCUUUAGGGUCUUAAGCUCUCAAACCUAAAAUUAUGAUAAAUAAUGAGGACUUAGACAGCUUUGACGAGGGAUUAAAUUCAAACUAAAAAAUACUAGAGCUAUCAGACGAAGAUGAAUAUUAAGGAGAUUAAGACAAUGAGUCGAUGAGUAAAGUAUCAUUUAAGAGUGAUCAUCUCAGAUAGUAUCCAGCAAAAUUAAGCAGCAGAAAAGCUGGUACUCCUCAAAUAAUAGUUGAAGGGUCGUAAUAAGAUGCAACUAAAAUCCUAAAUACUGAUUCAGAGAUGGAGGGAGAAAAUUUAGGUUAAAAUAAACUGAGGGAUUUGAUGAUAGAUCAGCUAAGACAUAACCUAAAAGCAAGUUCUGUUUUUACUCUUGGAGUAGAAGAUCAGAACUAUUUGAGGAAUUAAGGUACAGAUCUUUAUAAAACCAAUGAAACUCUAGAACAGUAAAACAGUGUAGCAAUAGAAAGAUUAAAAACAAUGGCAAAUGCGUUUAUGCAAACAAAAACUAAAAUUAUGAUGAGAGAUGAUAGCGAAAUUGUUAUUCCGAAGUUGAACCUUGAAAAUUUGAGACCUUUAAGAAAAUAAGAAUCAGAUCGAUAGCCUAACGAGGAAGAUUAAAAUGCUAUUUAAAAUGAUGAUUUCAUCGGAUUAGAUGGAAUGUAGUCUCCUGAGAGAAAUGAAAAUCAUGAUAGUGAUACAAAAAUGAAUGAACUAGAUGUGAAGAAUAAAUCUUUUAACAAGACAGAAUAAGAAUCUUUUGAUCAGAAUAAAAGGGAGGAAGAGAUUAAGAAACUUUAAAAAGAUGCAUAGGAAACAGAUUAAGAUGAGGACGAAGGAGGUAGAUAAGGUGCACUCUCAAAUUUAUUCUAUCUUUUGACUUCAUUUGUCUUCAUCAUUAUAUUUGUUACUCAGUUCGAUCUUACCGCUUAACAAAGAUAAAGCUAUUUAUUGACUACCCUAUUGGAUACUACAGUAUUUGAUUUUCAGCUUUAGCAUGUGAGAUAGGAUGCAGGAUCUGCAGGUGAAAUCUACUAGUACUUGAAGGAUUGUUUAAUCCCAUUAAUUUAUGAUGAGGUAUAGAAAAAAAGUAAUGGAAUUUUCAAUAAUACAUAGAGCUUGACAAACAGAUAUAAUUAAACACUCUCUAAUGAAACAGAGCAUUAUUUGGGGUUGUUCACCUAUUAUGUGGGCAUGAGAAUUUCUCUUAAAUAGUCUAAAUAUUAUUCUAAUGGAGAUUCUUAGUCUUAAAAAGUACUUCCUGAAAUAGUUCACUACAAAUUUGAUAUUGAUGCUGCCUUAGAUGAUUAAAGAGAAACUAUUACAAGUCCAAAAACUGGCCAAAACUACGUAUAAUUCAUAUUCCUCUAAUUAUUUUAAUAGACAUAUGAAGAAGAAUCUGGUCCUAGAUUUACUGGAGCAUAUCCGAUAUAUUUUAAGGGAUAAAUGACAUAUAAAGAAGCAAAAGACCAAAUAAUUGAUUUAUUUGAUUCUGGUUUCUUUGAUGAGCAUAAUUUUCUUUAUAUUGCUGUUGAAAUCUUGACAUAUAAUGAGGGGUAUAAAUUAUUUUCAAUAUAGACAUUCUACAAGUACAUAAGAGAGUAUAUCAAAAGAAAGGAGCUCAAUAUAUAAUGGUAUGAUUACAUUGAUUCAUUGGCUAUUGCUUUUUGUUUGCAAUCAAUGUAUUAUUGGUUUAUAUUAUACGCGAGAAAAGAUAUAUUUAAUAUUCCAAUUGGAGAUAUCAAUGAGUUUACAAAGUAAAUCCAAUCUAGAUACUAUAUAUAGCAAUAUCUAAACUCCUCAUCAAUAGCGGUAGUAUUGCUUUGCAUAAAGAACCUUAGAAUCCUCAUGAUAUUCUUCCCUUCUUUUGGAGUGUUAUUUGAUACGUUUAGGAGAGCAAAAUCAGAACUUUUCUAUUUCUUUACAAUGAGUAUAGUUUUCCUAAUAGGCUUUCUGUUUGCUGGCAAUAGUUUAUUUGGUUCUCUAAAUGCAGAUUACAAAGAUCUUGGAACUUCUAUGAUGUCAUUAUUUAGAAUGCUAGUAGGUGAAUUCAAAUACAAAAGUCUGUAAGCAUCAAAUCCAGAGGCAUCCAUUCUAUUUUUCAUAAUAUAUGUUGUGUUCUUCUUCAUUAUCUUGUUGAAUCUACUUUUAACUAUCGUCAUUAAAGUUUAUGAUUCACUGAGAUAAAAGAAGGCUUUAGACUCAAUGGCUAAAGCCAAGAUUAUUUCUAGAGAAAACUAUGCUUACUUUUAGAAAUGGCUAGAUUUAUUGUUAUGCAGGAUGAAAGGUGACUAAGAGCUAGACACGGAAUCAGAAGGUAGUGAUUUAGAAGAUUAGAACCAAUUAUCAAGCAUAAGUAAUCAAUAAAGAGAAUCAAAAUCUAAUCUUAAAGAACUUUUAAGAGCUAGAAUAUUGCAAAAGAUUGAGUAGAAGAGAUAAUAAGAGAUAGGCAUUGAAAAAAAGAAAGACAUUAAGACAAUUUUCCUACAUAACAAGGCCAAAUUAUUUUAGAGUGGUAAAAUGCUUAAGACAAAAGAAUAAAUGGAAAAUGAAUUGGCUUUAGUAAAAAAGCAAAUUAUAGAAAAGAAAGUCUAGGAAAGAGAGGCUAGAAUAAGAAGAUUUUAAACUACCGAUAUUAAGGGUGUUUUAAAACUGAGAAGUUCUAUAGUGUACCUCCUGUUUAUUAUAAAUUUCGUGGUUAUGCUCAGUCUGCAACUGUAAAUAACUGAUUCUGGUUAAGCUUAGAAGAGUUUGAAAUCAAAGAUAUAAACGUAGAAUUUCACCAAUCUUUAGUUAUACACUCCAUUUGAUCCUGAUCACUCCCUGUUUAAGCAAUAUCCAACUUACUACGAAUAAUACAGACACCUAACUAAUUUGACAGUUUCAAAAAUUUUCCAUCCCAAUCAGAUGUCAGACUGGUUAUAUACCUCACUUCACCCAAUCAUUUAUGGUAGUGCUGACUAAACAAUUUUGAGGCAAAACCACUUAUUCGGCAAGGUUUAUGCAAAGCUGACUUUUAGAAAAAUUAAGAUGAGGCAAAAUAAAAAUGAUAUUACAAAAAAUGUAAUAUAAGAAUAUAGAAGUGUAGAUUUGCUAGAUUUCACAGAUGGCGUUAAGGAUGAUGAGGUUACUACGAAUUUUAGAGGAUCAAGAAGCAAUAGAACAUAUUAAUAUUUCAAGCCAGGCAAUAUAAAUACUUAUGAAGAAUCAGGAGGAUUCUUAUUAAAUUUACCAUCAAAUAGCUCUGAGGCUAAGUAGAUACUCUAUGACUUUAUAAAUGAUAGAAUUAUUGAUGAAACUCUAGCUUAUCUUAGUAUAGAAUUUGUAACUUAUAAUCAGGCUUAUCAUGUCUAUGUACUUUCAACUAUAACAUUCCAGCAAGAAGUUUCGGGGAUAAUAAUGCCUUUAGUCAGGUGUCGAACUAUUAGAAAGAAUCUAUAUGUGACUAGGCUUGAUCAGUUCAGACUUUCUCAAGAACUACUCUACGCGAUUUUAAUAUUGUUCUACUUAUCUGUUGAAAUUAGAGACUACAUUCGAGAAUGGAUAACAGUUGUCAAAAUGGUAAAAUAAGUGAAUGUAAUAUAUAUUUAGGAUAACAAAGAUUGGAAGCCUGAAUAUUCAUAAAUUCAACCUAAUUGCUUUGAGAGAACUUGCGUCUUUUUAGGAAUCAAUUAUCAAUAUGUCAUCAAUAAAACCUUUGUAAGCUUAUUACUAUUCAUCCUAAACUUAAAAAUAUUUUAGGUAAUUCUAUUCCUGUAUUUGAUGUGGUUUUCUUUGAUUUGGUUUUUAAGAUAGAUAAUCAGAUUUUUGAGAGUCCUUCUCCGAUACAUAUCCUCUGAUUUCUUCAAGCUAUUUAAUCUGGUAUCUAUUUCAAUUUCAUUGACAUUGAUUGGAACAUGGAUCUAUAUAAUAGCAUCAGAGAAUUUUUUCCUUGAUUAAAGUGGUAAUGUAGUAGGAGCUUCUCAUAAUUAAAUUGACUUGCUCUCAAAUCUGGCAGAUUACUAUGACACCUAUAACUUUUACUCUUCGAUAAACACCAUCAUUAUUUUCUGGAGAAUAUUGCAAUUCUUCUCCUUUUCUUUUAAAUUAUCAGCUUUCACUGAGAUCUUAUCUGCCUCUAAGAAUGAUGUGCUAUUCUUUAUGCUAAUGUUUAUUAUUUGUUUGUUCGGAUAUGCUGUGAUGGGAUACUCGAUAUUUGGCUAAUCUUCAAGAUAGUACUCGAAUAUAUUUUUCACAAUCAUUGAACAAUUCAAAAUGAUGAUAGAAUAUUUUGACUAUGACAGUAUGAAACUUUGGAAUCCAACUUUCGCACCUGCUUUUUUUAUUAGUUUUAUGCUAUUGUUCGAUCAAUUUAUGAAGAACAUGUUUAUUGCUAUUAUUAUGGCUCACUAUUCAGAAUUUUAGUCCUUUAGCAAUUUUAAUCAAGAUGAAAAUGAUUCAACCAAGAGAAAGAAUUAGUUUAAUAAAUUGCUUUUUGGUGUUGUUAAGAGCGCUCUCUGUCCAGACUUUUUAAUCGAUAGAGCUGUAAAGAAAAAGGGAAAAUUUUGGAUCUGGUAUACAUCAAACUGGGAAAAGCUAGAGGGAAGAUUAUUUAAGCCAACUUAAGAAACUAAUGAUGAUAAUUUAACUGAAGAAAUCAAAGAGUUGCAUUUAGUUUUAACUAGCAGAUACUUAAGACCUACUUAUGAUAAGAAGGAUAUACCUAAUUCUGUUAAGCCAUACCUAUUCUCUGAGUAUAAUGUACAAGAUGACGAUGAAAACAGAAGGAAAAAUGAAGACGACAAUGAAGAUUCAAAGUUGCCAGAUAAUAGCAUAUAAGAUGGUAGGUUUCAUCUAGAUCCAGAAGAAUUGAAAAUGGCUUAGGACAAGAAGGAUAAAGCCAAGCAGAAGGAAUAUGAUUUGAAGUAUGGGGGAGACAACGUAGACAACUAAGCCUUAAUGGUGAAUUACAUUAAUAUAAUUCCAAAGAAUUUCGAGGGGCUUACAGAUGAUGAGUUGACUUCAUCUAAUGUUUGGGUAGCUGCUUUAGAGAAUUUGUUGUUUCAGUAAUCUCAAAAGUCAAUCUUAUAUUCAGAUUUGCAUGAAAUGGACUAGCUUUUAGGAAAUGACUUGGUCUGCAUGCCUAUAUAUGAUAUUGAUUAAUUUUCCUCAAUAUAAGCAGAAUUUCUAAUGAAAGAUGAGCAGUAGAGGAUAUAAGCCUGGAAAUUGAGUAAUACAGAUAAAAAAUUGAAAUUGUGGGUUGUGCUUGAUUUUGAAAAAGUUUUUGAAGAUGAAAACAAAUAUAGAGAUGAAUUUAAUGAAAGACUAGAAAGUUUCCAUGAUAUCAUUAAUGAAAUGAAGAAAGAUUAUGAUUUUUGGGAAAAAGAGUAAUAAAAAUCUAAGCAUCAAACCAAUCGCAGUAAUCAAGAAAAGGAUCUACUAUCAAUGGGAAUAAUUAAAAGAAGGGAGUAGAUGUAGAAAAUUUAGCAAUAACUUGAAAGAUAAAACAGAGACUUGAUCAAACAAGUACCAGUACUUACCUUUAAAAAGAUCAUAAAAUCUCCAGAGCUUUAAGACCCUGAAUUCCUGAAGGUGUCAGCACUUUAAAAGAAUCUCUGGAUAAAUUACACCACUCACAGUGAAAAGUUUAAUCUGUGGUUUAACUGCUUUUCUCCUUACUAUAGAACUAAGCUUUGGAAUUCAUUGUCAUUUAGCGAGGACUAUGUUAUUGGGAUAGUGAAUACGACUAAAUACUUCAGACAAGAUGUCGCAUUGAAAACUACAAUUGCUCUGCAGACUAUUAAAAAGGAGUAUAGAGAUUAUUUGGAAAGAGAAAUUAGAAAAAACCAAGAUGAAUUCGACAGUUUAAAGGCAAUGAGUGACCAUAAGGUGAUUCACAAGCAGAUAACUAAAUAGAGAAAAGCAAUCUCUAAGAUGAGGGAACUGGUUGAUAAAAUAGAAUCUUCUCAGAUAAAGCUAGAAGACAUUGCAAAGAAAGCCACCUACAAGAUUAGAAAUAGACAUUUCAGUAGUGGAUUCUUUUUAGAUGUACUUGAAAUGUUGCAGCUUAAGAAAUUUAAGAUAUUCAAGAAAAUAAAGAAUGAUUCAAAAAGUAAAAAGCUAUUUGACCAGAUAGACAAGGAAUAAUAGCUCUUAAAACUUGAAGAAGCUUAGACUAGGCUAAAGAUGUUCACCAAAAAGAAAACAGAUAGUAUUUAGGAGGAAUCGGAGUAUGUUAGGAAGAGAACUCCAAAGAAGAUAAAAAUUGAAGAAAAUAAGUACCAUCAUAACGACAAGCAGAUAAUGAUUAAACAGGCUAUUUAGCCUAAACUAUUUGGACUUGGAAAGUCAAGAACUAAUCAUAUAAUAUAACUGGGUAGUUUUGGUGGGCCUGGAGAUCUAAAUGCUACGAAUGAUUAGUUUGAGAGAAGUAAUAAUGAUUCAGUAGUGCAAGGACUUCACACAAGAGGUCCUUCUUAAAUUCCAAUUCUAUAGAAAAUUUAAACAGUCCAGAGUCCAAGUUCAUAUAGAAAUCUAAUGGCAGCCUCAGAAACCAAUUAGACUUUGAGCGAUAGAGAUAAAUCAUAGCAAAGAGAGAUGUUUUUGAAGAAUAUUAAGAGUAUGAGCAAGGACGAUGAUGAAAUUUUUGAAGUUAAAAAGGUAUCUCCCAAGAUCUAUAUAGAAACUCUGAAAUCAUAUUUUGGGACAAUGAUCUAUGGGGUUAAAGGAGAUAGAAUUAGCAAUCUUAACUAGUAUUAUCCUAUAACUAAGGGAAUGUCAUAGGAAGGGAGAUAAAGGUAAAUGAAGCAUAGGUAUACUUAUCUAGUGCAAUCAAUGGAUAUUAAUGAGUAAAGAUUGCCACUUUGGCUUUGUAUGAGUUAGGAUGAUAAACUAAGGAUGUUGGCCUUCUAGCAUAUUGAGGGAGAAGCUUAGACAAUGUCACUACUAAUUACUGAAGAGAUAGAAAGGAUGUAGGGAUCAAAGCACAAAAUCGCUGAUUUAGACAGGAAACUAGAGCGUACUUUGGACAACUAAAUAUAUGAAAAAUACAGAAGGCUUACUGAAUGGUAAGCACUUAAAACCACAUCAAUAAAUGCUGAGAAGAGGCUGCAAAGACUUUAGGAAGAAGAUGGAGCCAUACUUAAUCUUAUUGAAUACCUCACAGAUAAAGGAUAGGAUUUGCAGAUCAGGUAGCAAUAGCUAUUUAAGGAUAUAAUGAAAAGAUACAAAGAAAACUAAAUUUGGAGACAGUAAUAUGAAUCCAAACCAAUUGAUAGAUCUCCUGAAAAAUGA